AUGAACUAACACGUGCUUACUUAAUUGAUAUUAUGUUGCCUUAAUUAAUGUAUUGCACACUGUGUAUUUUGUUUACAGAGUAGAAGUAAAAGAAAAAUUGUUUGUGUAUCAAGCAUUUAAGAUAUCAUGUUAACUGAUGUAGGUUUAUAUCUCGAUUUAAAUACUGUUGAACAAUUUUUAUUUUUGAAAGCGGAACCAAGUAAGGAUGCAGAUUUUAUAAUAAACGAACUUCUAAUGCAUUUUGUGAAGAAUGGACGUUCAGUCGUUCUUUUAAGUACGUCACAAACUUUUCUUCAUUAUUCAAACGUUGGCUUGAAGCUAGGAAUUAAUGUUAAACAAUUAAGAGAAAACAAACAAUUUGUCUGCUUGGAUGUUUUAAAAUCUUUUUCCGGAUGUUUUGAGAGUUUAAAUAAUACAAAGCCGGAAGAUAAAAUUGCGUCAUGUUUUCUUCAAUCAAAACCGACUCUUAUAUCUGUUUACGAAUCGAUUAAACAAGCUGUUGAAGAUAUAAUUGAAAAUAAGAAUGAGUUUCUUUUGAUUCUUGAUGAUGUGAUGUUAUUUUUAAGUUUUGGUGCAUCAGUUGGUGAUAUCUUGGAUCUUGUACAUUAUUGUAGGUUACUUGUUAAACGUUAUGGUGGUUGUCUUCUAGUUUGCAGCUGUGAUAUUACAGAUGAUGAUGAUAAUCAACAAAUGAAUGCAAUUUUAACUCAUUUAUGUGAUAAAUUAAUUGUUAUACAGGGAUUAAAUACAGGUCAUAGUCGUGAAAUUGAUGGAAAGGUAUGAUUUUUAUUUUUUAGAAUUUAUAAAAGUAUUUUAUUUAAAUAUUUAAUCCCAUUUUGUACGCUGUUUCCAAAACACCAUAAGUUUGAGAGCUGUUUGGCUGUUGCAUCAUUCAGACUAAUUUAGUUGUGAUUUGAUUUGAUUUAUUGUGCUCUUUUCAUAAAGAUGUUUUUGUAAAUGUAACACAUCAUAUACAAAAACUAUAAUAUUACUUUGCACACCAAUUAAGGUAAUUCAAUCAUUUCAAAAUACAUAGUGUUACUAAAAAAAAUGAAAAUAGCUACCUACCAUCUUUACAAUUGUGUAUCUCAGCAAUAUUAAUAUUGUAUUUUAACAUGUUUGUUCUGUUACAGAUCUCAUUUUAUUUUGUUACAGUCAGUUCUGUUUUAAUUGAGCUUAUGGCUUGAAAGAAGUUAGUAUUGUGAUUAUUCAGCAGAAAGACAAGUGAGUGAAAUUUAGAAAAAUAAUUUAAAUUAAUGAAACUCAGUAAGAAUGGUACAGAAAUAUUGGAAAUGUUACAAAAUGUAUGAUGAUGAAAUCAUCACCCAGAUGUGUUUAUGAAUGGCACAAACAGUUCAAAAAAGACAAGAUGAGAAGAAAAUUAAGACCACUAGCUUCAACAACAGAGGAUAAUGUUGCAAAAUUUUGAAUGAUUGUAUAUCACGACUAUAAAAUGAUAAUUCAACUAAUUGCAGAACAGUUGAUAUUUAAUUGAUAUUGACAAACAAAUUGUAAGACAAUUCAAGUAGAGAUUGGGCAUGAGAAAAAUGUACUCUCAAAUGAUACCACAAAUCCUUCCAUCAGAUUAGAAGCUUAAAAACAGGAAAAACUCAUACAUCUAAGUUUUUGGAUUUCAUAAUAAACAGGAGAUGAAUAUUUCAAUAUGAUCCAUAAAUAAAAUGACAGAGCAUGGAAUGACAAACUCUUUCAUCUCUAUGCAUGAAGAAAGUAAGAAUGUUGAAAAAUAAUUGAAGAUCAAACCUGUGCUUGUCACUUUCUUUGUAGUGGUGUUUAUUGUAAAUUUUUUCUGCCAGGUCAGACUGUAAAACAGAUACUUAACUUUUCAAAGAUUUUGUAAAAAAAUUUAAAACACAUGACCUGAAUUGUGCCAGAGAAAUGGUUUUUCCAUUGCAACAAUGGAUCCUGUUGUGAUGCAAAACUCAGCAGUGAGAAUUUUUAAUGCAUAGCAAGAUUACAGCAUUGGAACACAUCUUGUUUACUAGUUCUGGUGCCAUACAAAGUUUUAUUUCCCAAAAUUAAGACCAGCCUGGGAAAAAAAUGAUUAAAAGCUAUUCAGGGAUGUUGAAACUUCAAUGGUCUUGUUCCAAUUUAUGUAGGGUGAUGAU